CGCAUUUUGUAGUCGGUUUGUCUGCACGAGUCUUGCUGCUUUGCAACCAAUAAAUGUGAUUGUGAAAAAAAUACUUUCAAGUGAUUUGUAAUUAAAUACCAGUGAAAAUGUUCAAAAUAUUGGUUCAAAGUUUAGCAAAACACUCGUGCCAAAGCCGAGCACCGUCACAAUUAGGCACAGUGGCGUGUGUGAAAAAUUCAUUGAUUUUGCCAGCCGCCAUUAGCCACUCGGCCACGAGUACUAUAUUACGACGCCAUUUUCUUUUCUCUUCAACCAACAGAAGGCCAGUGAAUUUUGCUUUUUCCCAUCACGAACUGGUAGCAGGUAGAAGAAAAGACGUGACAUCGGAGUUCAAGCAGUUUAAGAAUUCAUUCUUAAAAAAUUUUAGUGGAAUAUUCAACAGCUCCGGAAGCUUUCACAGGCAUUUUCACAGCACAAGUAAGAAUUUAGUGGAAGCAGAGACGUCACCUGCAGAAAAGCAAAAAUCCACGGAAAAAGCCAGCAAUCACACAACUUCUACAAAUUCAUCUUUGUACUUUGAUUCUGACGAAAUGGCACCUCACGAUAGAAACUUUGGAGGUCGCGGAGGCCGUGGCGGUGAUGACCGUAAUGGCAGACAAGGCGGCAAUGCCGGUGGCAUGCGUAAUGGUGGCGGUGGUGGGGAUUUCCACGGUGUACGUAAUGGACGUAUUGACAAGAACCGUGGUGGUGGACGUGGCGGUGGUUUCGGCGGCGGUAGUGGUUUCGGCGGUGGAAACGGUGGAUAUGGUGGCGGCGGCGGUCGUGGUGGCACCCAGGAUAUCACACUCAGCUCUGUUGAUUUUUCAAAUUUGCAACCCUUCAAGAAGAAUUUUUAUCAAGAACAUCCAAUUGUUGCAAAUCGUUCCCCUUUCGAAGUCCAACGAUUCCGCGAUGAACAUGAAAUUACUAUUCGCGGAAAUGCACCGAACCCCAUUCAGGACUUCAGCGAAGCUUAUUUCCCAGACUAUGUAUCGAAGGAAAUACGUCGACAAGGUUAUAAAGCUCCAACUGCAAUCCAAGCACAAGGUUGGCCAAUAGCCAUGAGUGGGUCCAAUUUUGUUGGCAUCGCUCAGACAGGAUCGGGCAAAACCCUUGGCUACAUUUUGCCAGCAAUCGUGCAUAUUAACAACCAAAAACCCUUGGAACGUGGUGAUGGACCCAUCGCUUUGGUUUUGGCACCCACACGCGAGUUAGCACAGCAGAUUCAACAGGUUGCUACAGAGUUUGGAUCAUCCUCGUAUGUUCGCAACACUUGCGUAUUUGGAGGCGCACCAAAAGGAGGUCAAAUACGUGACCUUCAGCGUGGCUGUGAAAUUGUAAUUGCUACUCCCGGUCGUCUAAUUGAUAUUCUCUCGACGGGGGCCACCAAUUUGAAGCGUUGUACAUAUCUUGUAUUGGAUGAGGCUGAUCGUAUGUUAGAUAUGGGUUUCGAGCCACAAAUCCGUAAGAUAUUGUCGCAGAUUCGCCCCGAUCGCCAAACGCUUAUGUGGUCCGCCACAUGGCCAAAAGAGGUUAAACAAUUAGCAGAAGAUUUUCUGGGUAACUACAUACAAAUUAAUAUUGGCUCAUUGGAACUGUCUGCGAACCAUAACAUUCGUCAGGUGGUUGAUGUAUGCGAAGAGCAUGACAAGGAAGACAAGCUUAAGGCUUUGCUUUCAGAAAUCUACGACACAAGCGAAAAUCCAGGAAAGAUCAUAAUCUUCGUGGAGACUAAACGUCGUGUUGACCAUCUGGUGCGAUUCAUUCGCAGUUUUGGUGUCCGUUGUGGUGCUAUCCACGGCGACAAGUCACAGUCGGAACGUGACUACGUUUUACGCGAGUUCCGUUCGGGCAAGUCAAACAUUUUGGUAGCAACUGAUGUCGCUGCACGUGGCUUGGAGGCCGAUUAUUGUAGUAUGGUGGGGAUAAUAUGAACAACUAUUGACACGACGCAAUUCACUACGCAUUGCGUUUAUAAGUGAACUCUGAAAUUUAAGCACAAAGAGAAUCCGGUGAAAAGUUCUUUGAAAGAAACUUUUUCAUUAAGCCGAUUAAGCUGCGGUGGCGGCAGUACUUUGUCUAAACAUUCCAAGGUAAAGGGGAUGUCGUGGAACCAUCUGCUGCCAUACGUUUGCGAGUAUCGUCACUGCACAUUGGAGGAGAAGGCAUAUACAAUACGCAACAGCCGGUGGAUACGCUUGCCUGAUCCGUGCUACUUGUGCGAAAAGCGUUCCAGCGCACCUUAGCGUACACACACAUUGUAUGCCCAAGACAAGUUAAACAACAUGAAUCCAAGAAGUGACAACAUUUAUUUGCAAAACGCGAAAUAUAUGUCGCGUCGUCGUGUAAAUUUAUUGUUCAAAAACAUAUGUACAUAAAUCCUGCUUCUUCCCAAAUUUACAAUGUGCACAUAGAGUUCGGCGGUAUACAAUAUCCCUAUCAUCAUGCAGCAAAAGUGGCCUCUGCACUCUUUUAUUUAAGUGAUAGUAUUUGUAAAACUGUAACAAUUUCGGUUCCAAAGAGAGAAAGGUAAUAAAUAGUAGGGUUUCCAACCUUGCAUCAGCGUUUAUUACAAAUGGCAAACUGUCGAGCACAUAAGAGAGCUUUAUAUAAAUUAAAUAAGUUUAGUUAGUUCUUUUAUGUGUAUCUCUCGGGCAUGUACUCCACAAGAAAACGGGGUUUAAAUCACACGCAGGCAGUUAAUACAAACUCCUCCAUUCUUCAACUAAAUGCAUGUCCGUCCUACAUUCGCAACAUCGCAUGUGUUCUUUGGCUGGAUCGUAACGUCAUCGUGAAAAUAAGUUUGAUUUGCAAGGAACAGGGUCACUAAGAUAUCUUAUUGCGAAAUUGACAAUUACGUGUUUAAAUUAAAGUGAAGAUUUUUUAAAUGUUUGUAAUCGCCGUGAUCCUGUUCAUCGCGUAUUCGCGGUUUUGUAACGAGGUUGGUUGGUGUAACGUGGCAUGGCGUAAAAAAUGUUUUGCCUUACUCAUUCGGUAAACGUAAACGAAUGUAUCAAACAUAUUUGUGGCGACCUUCUUUUGGACAAUAAACAAAUGUUGAGAAGCUGUUGCUGUUGUUCUAACUCUACCGUGGACAUCACAGAACACCAGUUCAUCAUUUGCUGCCCGUCCAGAAAAAAGCGUCGUCGUCGUCUGCAGAUGCUUGAACAACGCUUCUAACAUUCCAUGAAAUGCGGAAAGUUCAUGAAGGCAAAACGUCUCUUUUAGAAAAGUGCCACAAGUGCAUCACAAAGCGGCCUACAAAGGACACAUUUGAAACGUGGAUUAAAUAAGAAAUCGAUACUUUGGAGGAUAUGCAUAUUAAAAUGAUUGUAAUCUAAAAGUAAAAACAGUUAUUUGGAGAAUAUCGGCGGGCAUUUUACUGGCCGUCGAAACGUAAGAAGAGACGACACUCUUUGCCAACAUGCCUGCGGUAGUGGUUUUACCUGAACAUUGACUGAUGGAUGCACGACGUCGGCGGGCGGCGCACAAACUACACCAAAUAGUUGGAUGUGCGCUGAACUCCGAGCGAAAUCGAGUUGCAUCGUUCGUCCAUCUUGUGCCUGAUUGCUUGAAAGUAAAAGAGACAGAUUAGAAGGAAAAUACCUUAUCUAUAUUAAAAGU